UGAUGAUGACGAAAGUACAUAUGUAAUGUGGUAUUUCACUAGCGUUUCUCACUGGAUAACAUGUCCUUAUAAAGACUUUGUAUAAGUUAUGGCUAUGAGUGUGAGCCUGCUGCGUCCUGUGCUGUGUCAGGCUCUGGUACGACAGGUCAGGUCUCCUCUUGUGUCCAUCACCAGGGUCAGCGCUCCAUGUCUGUGGCCCAACACUACCUGCUUCCCCGCUGCAUGCAGCCGCUUUUAUGCCACAAAAAAGGCGAAAGCCAAGGCAAAGGGCCAGGCAGCUAAGGUGAAUAUUAAUUCAGCUCUGGUGGAAGACAUCAUCAGUCUGGAUGAGGUGAAGGAGGACAUGACAGCUGUUCUCAAUGCACUGAAAGAGGACUUCACACGCAACCUCAGCAUCCGAACCUCUCCAGGUGCUUUGGAUCACAUUGUAGUGACGACUCAAGAUGGGAAGUUUCCUCUCAACCAGCUGGGUCAGAUCUCCAUGAAGUCACCUCAGCUCAUUAUGGUCAACAUGAGCAGCUUCCCUGAGGCUACAGCGGCCGCCACUCGUGCCCUGAGAGAAAGUAGUAUGAACCUAAACCCUGAGGUUGACGGGACGAUCAUCAGGGUGCCAGUCCCCAAAGUAACACGGGAACACAGAGAAAACCUCACCAAGUUGGCCAAACAGUUCAGCAACAAAGCCAAAGACUCCCUGAGGCGAGUCCGCACUAACGCCAUCACACAGGUCAAAAAGGCCAAGGACGGACACUCUGAAGACACCGUACGACUAGUAGAAAAACAGAUUCAGCAAAUGGCCGACAACAUUACUGUUGACAUUGACAAACAACUUGCAGCAAAGACAAAGGAGCUGCUCGGCUGACUGCAACAGUGAAAAGAAAUACACAGGUUUUAUUUUUGAUAAUGUAUCAUUGGGUCAUAAAGUUGUAAUCUAUGGAUGGACAGACAUACAUUCACAGAACAACAUGUCAGUUUUAUUAUCUUGACAAAGGACAAUGAUUGGACAAAAUUGGAGUCUUUCCUUAUGGCUCCUGCUCUCACAGUGCACAGUCUGAAAGUUUCACACAGACGACUGAUUAUUUUGGUUCUGUUGUACAUGUUUGGCUUCCCCUUGCGGACACUGGUCUUUUUUUUUUUUUCCUGCCCACAUCACUGGCAAAGAUCUGCUCCUCACUGCUGGGUCAUAUCUGUGUUUAACCGUCUAUGCAUAAACAGAAAUUGGCACGGCAACAACAACAACAACGACAGACUACCAGUCACCUCCUUCCUCCCCUGUUACUCUUCCUGUCUUCAAACAAACACCAAGGGAGGGACCAAUGGACUUUUAAUGGGAUUUGUGGGCCUCCUCCUAAUCAAACCCUUUGCCACAAGGGCUGUCUGUUUAUAUAAAACAAGCGCACCCGUCUGAAUGUAAACUGACUGUGGGUUUUCUACUGGUGGCAGGAGUGAGAGAACGGGAGAGAGUUUGUUCCAGAGACGUAGGACCUGACUGAACAGAUAUCAUUAGCGUGUUGCCAAACAUUUGUUUCACAUUGAUUCGAAGUCUGUUAAAAAUGCACUCAAGAGGGAAAAAAAACUGUCUGCAUUUCUGCCUUUCUGUUCAUGUCUAGGAUUGAUAAUAUGGCUACUCUCUUUAAACACAAUAAAGCCAGGAAAGUAACAUUAUUGAUGGACUCCAUUAAAGAAAUGCUGCUUUUUAC